AUGGCACCUGCUCGAGGCGCUAUGUGCAGUCGACAGGCUCAACUUGGUCAAUCCAAACCCAAAGCCAAGCAGACAGACUCGAAGUCCAAUUCACUGCAGGCGCAAUCGGCGCGAAGCCAUCAACCCAAGUUUCAGCGACGCAGAGAGAGGAUCAACAGGGCGGCGGAGCAAGAUGCUAGUCGCGCAGCCAGACAAAAUGCCGACCGCGGCGCCGCGCAUCGUGCUCGUCGCCAGAACCGUGCUCGGCAAGAAGACAAUGGCGCUCCGAAGACGCUGCUUCACGCACUGGAGAAGACUCUGCGUGGCCUCGGCUUCACAGACACUGAAGUCACCCUCUUCAGGCGGCAGGUCGCAGCAAGGCAAUUGCCAGACCUCACAUCUUUGAGUUUCACGGAACUCACCUCUCUGGUCGUCGAUUCAAAGAUCGAGUCAAGCUCUGAGAUGCUUUGUCGCGCUUUGACGGAGCUCCAGCGCCACCUCACGGAGUUGACAAGCAGGAUCACAUCCCUGCGACCGAGCGAGACAUACGAACUGUUCUGGAUGGUUCAUGGUGUCAAGCCAUUUGAUCCCACCAAGAUCAAUGCCGACCGGGCCAUCGACCUUAUCGAAGCUGGCAUCCUCGGCCAAGAAGCGCCGCAGCUUCAGGAAGAUCUCAAGCCAGUCGUGAUAUCGGCUGCUCACAGCGCGAAGCAGUCUCGCCCUCGCCUUUCGGACAUCUUCGACAAGAUCAUCGCUCGUUACCUCCCUCCUAAUCCUACCGGAUAG